CUCGGUCAGCAGUUCUUCCGUAGCAGCAGUACCGACUGUACCAAGGAUCGGUAGGUACCGGUGCGUCAGUUCGUAGGCGACGCAAAAGUGUCUCAGUACGACGACGACAACGAAAGACGGAACCGUCAACCGCCACCGGGGUGCGGAGCGAAAGAGCGCGCGCGUGCGACCAUGUACUGCUUGUGACCGUCUGCCCGAAAUGAAUGCCGCCCCCGCUAAACUUUUCGUUCUGCUUAUAGCCACCCUUGCUUUAAAUAUUAUGUGCGGAAUCAAAAUGGCCACCGAAGGCUCCCCAAUUUAUGGGUGGGACCGCGGAGCCUCCAAGGACUACGAAGACAUUUUGGCAGGAAAUGACUUCCUCUCAGUCCUUAUGGAUUCCACGAUGCGACGACUUGGAAAAGAACCCGUUACGUUAACCGAUAACCCUUUGGAGGUAGGUGAGGAAGAAACGAUGGGUACAGAGCCUUAUGUACGUGAAACGAGAGAAGUUACGAAUUACGAAGUACCACAAACGACUGAGCCGAUGUCAGUUGGUAUAGAUACCAGUGAUUUACCUUCUAGUGAUGGUGUGAUAAUUGCUGUACAUGUAUCUUCGUCUGUAGGUAGUCAAAUCAAUAAAGUAAAGGAGUCUAGUACGCCGAAUUUUUUGCCAUCUGAAGAACCUCCGAGCAUAAUAGCUAAUCAAGCGAAGAGCGAGCUUACUGUUGAAGAACCAACACCUAUUACUCAAGACAAUGAUGAACAGUCGAGUAGUAAAAGCCCCGAGAGUGAUUUAAGUAGACUUCAAGCAACUAUACAAAACUUACCAUCUUCCCAGCAAAUAACAUUUAAUAUUCCAAAUAACAAAGACAACUUGCCGCCAUUCCACCAUAGUCUGAUUUAUCAUGAUACUCCAAAUCAAUCAGGUAGGGCUCGGUCCGUUUCUUAUAGCACAAUCAUACAAAAUAUACAGCCAAGUGAGGAAAAAUCUUCUGAAAACAUCCAUGAACGCAAAGAAAGGCAUUAUGAAACUGGCAAUGCCGCUCAAAAUACUUUCGAUGAAACUCAGAAAACUACUAGCACCACAAUAAAAAGUGAUAUCCAAAAACCCACCAGCACUGAAAAAGUGUGGCAACAUCCAAAAAUUUACGGUAAACCAGAGCAAAAUUAUGAAGUCGAUGAGGCGGUGAGUGUAGUGACGAAUGGUAGAAGCCAUGGGGUUCAACCAAGCAUAAAUGCAGUUACUCAGAAACCAACUAAAAGUGAUCAGGACAAAGAUCAGAAAGUCGGAUAUGUGGUAGAAGGAAGGAAUUAUAGAAAAUAUAGGGUAGAGGAACGGACACCAGAUGGUUUUAUAGUAGGGGAAUAUGGAGUCGUAAGCCACGAUGAUGGAUCUUUAAGGGGUGUGAGGUAUACAGCUGAUGGAACAAUUAAUCCUAGACUGAUAUACGACGCUCUAAUGAAGUUUCUGGCUUUGUGAUAACUUAGGUUAAAGGUGCCACGGAAUCUUUGUACUGAUUAUUUUUAGUUCCUCAAUUUUAAGGGUCUCUUACACAUGUACGUACGUAUAUACAAGUUGUCAAAUGUAGUAGAAUUUUAUGAUAAAAUAUGCGUUAUAGAAUUACAAAAUUUGGAGUAAAAUUUAAAGUUAUCAAAGAAGUAUGAUGUAUCAAGAAAAUUUAUUUUUAUCUUCAUGUCUAUAAAAAGCGAAUUACUUGUAAUUAUUAGAAUUUACAAUUAUCUGUAAUCUUCGCUUAAAACUUACAAUUCUAUCUAAACUUUACUUGACAUUUACAAUAAUCUUGAGUUGCCACUUAAAACUAAUAAUUAAUAGAGUUUAAUUAUCACUUAGAAGUUGUAAUUACUUCUUUACGACCUAUUAUGAUUAUCUAUAUAUUUAAAAUAUAAAUAAUUGUAAGUUUGUAGCGCUUUUGUAAUAAUUGUCACUUA